GCCUCCCGCCCGCGCAGACCCCACCGCGCGGCGCGUGCGGAUCCCGGAGGGCACCCAGGGGGCGGCGGCGCCCACAGCCGGGGCUCCAGGCGCGCCGCUGCCACUUCUGUGGCGCCGGGGGCUGGGCCAGCCGGCGCGGAUUGGGGCGGAGAAAGUGGAGCAGCCGGGCCUGGCAAGAGGUUACCCGACAGCUGUGAGCCGAACCCGCGGCGCGGGCGGUAGGAGGGAAGGCGGCGACGCCCAAGGUGGGACUGUCACUGUCUAGAAUCAAGCACAGCCAGCCCUGCCUCACACGUUAGUGUCGACCCCAGAAGGUUUCUAGAAUCUGGGUCAUGCCCUGACCACAGCUGCCUCUCAGGAGACUGGCCUGGAGCCAAAGUCACGUCAUUGGGCUGCUGGUCAAGGGUGGAGCGGGAGCGACUCUCGGCUUUUCCUCAUGAGCCCUGCCUGGGUGUCCACCUGGCACUCAGCACGAGCACGUCUCUUCCUCCCGGAGCAGCUGCUCGACCCGGAGGCCUGGCCUUCAGAGAGAGCUCCAGGAGCGUUCAGGCCCGGUGUGCUGCCUCCCCGACCCCACGUGUGUAAGGGGCCACGGGACUUGCUUAUGAGGCUCCAUGAGGAGUUGCCACUCAGCCUGGAGGACCUGGAAGAUGUGUUUGAUGCCCUGGAUGCUGAUGGCAAUGGCUUUCUGACACCAGAGGAGUUCACCACUGGAUUUAGUCACUUCUUCUUCAGCCAGAAUGAGCCAGGUCAGGAAGAUGCCAGUGAACAGAUGGCUCAGCUCCAGGAAGAGAAGGUGUAUCAGUCCAGAGGGGAAGAGCACAUGGGCGACAUGGAUGAUGAUGAGGAGACCCAAUUCCAAACGCUGAUGGACAAACUUGGAGCCCAAAAGGGUUUUGAAGAUGAAAGUGAUAUCAAGCAACUCUGGCUACAGCUGAAGAAGGACGAACCUCACUUACUGGCCAACUUCGAGGAUUUCCUGACCAGGACUUUCUCCCAGCUCCAGGAAGCCCACGAGGAGAAGAACGAACUGGAGUGCGCCCUGAAAAAGAAAAUUGCUGCUUAUGAUGAAGAAAUCCAGCAUCUCUACGAGGAGAUGGAACAGCAAAUCAAGCAUGAGAAGGAGCAGUUUCUCCUAAAAGACACGGAGAGGUUUCAGACCCACAGCCAGGAGCUGGAGCAGAAACUGUUGUCGAAGAACCAGGAACUAGAGCAGCUCAUCCAGAAGCAGAAGCGGCUGGAAGGUCAGUGCGCCAUGCUACAAAAUGAUGAGCAUGAAACCAAGGCUGAGAACACCAAGCUGAAAGUCACAAACCAGGAGCUGGCCCAGGAGCUGGCGCGGACCUCCCGGGAGCUGCAGGAUGCCCAGCAGCAGCUGGAAAGCCUCCAGCAAGAGGCCCGCCAACUCCACCAGGACAAGGAGACGGAAGUGUACCGUGUGACGGAGAGUCUGCAGCGCGAGAAGUCGGGGCUCCUGAAGCAGUUGGAUUUCCUGAGGUUCGUGAGCACCGGGGAAAGGAACAAGCAUCUUCAGGAUGAACGGGACAUACGUUAUCAGAAAGAUAAGGCAGCCAAGGCAAACACAGCUGCUUCCAAGGCGAACUGGAAACAGAGAUCUGGCUCUGUGAUAGGCAAAUACUUGGACGGCAGAGGGAUUCUUAGGAGCCAGUCAGAGGAGUUAGAAGAUGUGUUUGUCCUCCCGAGGAGGAGAAGCUCCCUAGGCCUGAGUGGAUAUCCCCUUCCAGAAGAGGAGCCAGGGGCUGAAGGUCCACUCCCCCGGGCACUCCGCAGAAUCAUCUCCAUUGAAGAAGACCCCCUGCCCCAGCUCCUGGAUGGCAGCUUUGAGCAGCCAUUGAGCAAAUGCCCAGAAGAGGAGGAGGUCACCCAGCAGAGGGUGGAAGGACAAAGCCAGCAGGCCAGAUCCUUGGAACCCAUGCCUACAUCUCCCCGAGGACAGCCUGUUGGAAAAGAAGCCUUGUCUAAGGAGGAAGCCUCUCCCUCCAGCCUAGACCGGCUCUUCAAAAUUGUGCUAGUGGGCAACUCCGCCGUGGGGAAGACUUCCUUCCUGAGGAGGUUCUGUGAGGAGCGGUUUGCCCCCGGCUUGGCAGCCACUGUGGGCAUCGACUAUCGGGUGAAGAUGGUGCGAGUGGACGACUCGUCCGUGGCGCUGCAGCUGUGGGACACGGCGGGUCAGGAGAGGUACCGCUGUAUCACCCAGCAGUUCUUCAGGAAGGCCGAUGGUGUCAUUGUCAUGUACGAUGUCACCGCCAGACAGUCGUUCCUGUCGGUCCGGCAGUGGCUGAGCAGCGUGGAGGAAGCUGUGGGAGACUACAUCCCUGUUCUUCUGCUGGGCAAUAAAAUUGACAACGAGAAAGAGCGGGAAGUUCCGCGAGGCCUCGGAGAGCAGCUUGCCAAGGAGAACAAUCUGAUCUUCUACGAAUGCAGUGCUUAUUCCGGUCACAACACCAAAGAGUCCCUGCUCCAUCUUGCCAGGAUCCUCAAGAAACAAGAAGAUACAGCGAGGGAGGACACAAUACAGGUUGACCGCCCUGCCAAAAAGAAAUCUUGCUGUGGCUGAUAAGAGUCCUCCUAGGCCUGCUCCAUGCAGGCAUGAGGUCACAGGACUUACCCUGAAUCCUGAACAUGGGCUCCUGCUUGGAUGCUUCCACCACAGCCUGCCUAAGCCUUUGUUUCUGUCAGUGACUUGCCUCCACCAACAGGAAAGGAAGCACAGCCAGUCAGAAAAGCCGCUCUUGAAACAUUUUGGAGUCUUCUUUCUCUUCUCUCUCUAGACCCCAGGUGCCCAUUUUCCCCCAGCUUGGUUUUGUGGGGAAAAGAAACAGAUGGGCUUUUCCAGAAAAAAUCACCACGUGCCUUCUCCACCUCCCUUCUGCUCCCCUUGCCCUUAGGAGCUGCAGCACCCUGGUUGCCAUGGCAACUGCACAGGGCCAACGUGCUGCUUCCUGUAGGCCAAAGACACAGCACUGGGGCAGGGCCAGGGCGGUGGGUCUUCCUUUGGCUCCUGUUCUCUGGAUAUCAAUAGGAUGCUCUUGGCAUAUGCUUUGUGGACCUUGAGAUGCCCACGUGGUGUUGAGAAAAGCAAGCCAGGGCGUUCACAUUCUAUUGCACACCCCAACCCCAGGGGUCCUGCUCCUUGCCAGGCUGCAGAACCCCGCCUCUCAGCAGCCGCCAUGCCUCUUGUAUUUGUCCCCUUGGGAUCUCUGGAACGUGCCUUACAAGAAACCCACACCCACUCCUCUCAACCACCCACCCAUGACCCUGACUCCAAGGUCGACUGUGGGUGAUAAAUGUGUGCCUGGGGUUAGGGAGUGGGCUUUCCUCCUACUUAACUUUGACUAAGAGAUGAAAAGAAAACAAGGGAAAAAAAAAACCCAUCUGCUGCUAAACAGAGCGACCAUUUCUGGAGUAUAAAUAAGGUAUAUAUAGCUCCAUAAAAGCCAUUUUCCAAUGUUUCUCAAAAUAGCUCUUCAAAAAAUUGUACAUGAUGAUUAAUGGGGUAGAUUGACAUGAACGCAGUGAGGCCCAGCACCAGGUCCAUAGUUACAGACUUCAUUUUAUUUUUUUCCAGAAGACUGUAUUUUAAAAAAGAAA